UAGAACUCCGCUAUAGUGUUAAACGUGUACUAAGGACCGAAACAGAGAGUAAUGUGCCAAGGUAAAUGGCUGUAUCUCUGUUAAUUUAUUCAGCGAAUCCGUGAUAUAAAAUUAUGAUAUCGCAGAAUUUAUCAGCAGACCGGGAUAGUUUUCACGAAUCAGCCAUGUCAAGGAAACGGGAACGACGUGAGCUGCAAAUGGAUGCAGAAAAAAUCGAUGAGCCGCACCAAAAAUCUGGUGGGAAUUCUCGUUCGAAACGACCUCGAGCGUCGUAUACGGGACUUGCACCGACGCCUGUCUUUCAUAAUCUGACCGCUGAUCUUCCCUGUAGAUGGGCAAAUUGUCAAGACAUCUGUCCCGACCUUUGCGCAUAUUACACUCACUUACGAAGGCACAUGUGGACUGGGAAGGACGCUCGUAACGAGACUGGCGAACGGUGUCGAUGGAGAGAAUGUGCCGCUACUCAGCCUUGGACACCGACUCACGUUUAUUAUCACGGGUAUCACGAAAAGUUAAAAUUGCUAGGGGAUCGGAAACUCGCAUCCAGGCGCGAUUUCAAAUGCUACUUACCUACACAGAACCGUCACACUGUUGAUGUAUUUGACGCGUUUGAGUGCGAAUGGGCGGACUGCGAGUAUGUACUGGAAAGUCCAGAAGACUUCAACUUUCAUCUUCUAGUCCAUGUUCACGAGACCAUCGAAGGCACUGAUUGGCAUAAGGACAUGUACCGGUGUCAGUGGACGGAUUGCCGAUUAGACUUUACGUAUUCGCUGUUGCGUGGACACGUCAAAUCCCACAGCUCGCAAAAAGAUUCGUCCUGCUCCACUUGUGGAGCUAUUUUCCGCUCAGCUAAUAAGUUUCUUGAUCAUUUUCGAAGGCAGAUGCAACCUGCGAGCCAGUCGGAGUCAUUGCAGUGCCGCUACUGCUCAAAGGCCUUUUUCCAUGACCGCAUUUUGAGGGAUCAUGAACGUCAGCAUAUCUCACAGUACAAGUGUCCAUUUUGCGAAAUGACUAUGCCCGCCCCAAAUGAUCUACGGGGUCACAUUGCGACAAGACACACGACGGACAGGCCAUUCGCAUGUGGUCAAUGUCCCAGUCGCUUCAAGCUUCCUAGAAAUCUGUCAACGCAUGUUGAGCGAGUCCACAACUCGAAGGAAAUGCGAUGCAAGCAUAACGAGUGCAGAUUUACCACAAGAAGCCACUAUAAAAUGCGUAGACAUAGAUUACAGGGUCAUUCCGAGGGAGAGAGCCGUAUCUAUGCAUGCCAUCUCUGCAGUGAGCGUUUUGAGAUCGAAGGUCAUCUACUGAGCAGACACCUUGUGGCUGAACACGGUCUGCAAUGGCCAGCCGGACAUCGUCGUUUCUUCUAUGUGCGUGACCCAGCUGAAGGCGUUUUUCGCCUGCAAACAUUUCGGUAUGAGAGUGCAGAAAUUUCGGAAAUCGUACCGGAGGGAGUUGACAUCGAUAAAGCUGGAACUGCUGCACUCCGUGCACGGCACGAUAAUGACGGCGAAGAAGAAGACGAAGAAGGGGGAGAAGCUGGGGGUAGCUGAUCAAAGCGAUGAUGGUUGUGGUGGGGUUUAUAAUUCUUCCGUUUCUGUUAUUGCUGAGGCCGACGAUGCCGAUUAGAUAAAUGAAGAUACCGGCGGACAAGUUAUUGUAGGACACAUCUCCGGCCAUCUAGAAGACGGUAGAAACCUUUUAGAUGACAGGAAUCAAAGUCAGGUCGCAUGUAAAGUGAGUGAAGAUGAGAUGCUUGUAGAUGAGGAAGCUGUUGCUAAUCAUAAAGAGCAAAUGGACUGUGAGGCGGUUCAAUCUUCAACUGAACUAAAGAUCUGGAACGUGAUUUGAAUAUAAUAAUUUUUUCAGUGAGAUGGUCACUAUAUGAAAAUCAGAAAUCUCACUCAAGUUGUGAGAGUGUUAAGUUUCUCACUUAUGAAUAAUUUUUUUCGGAACCAAUACGUCUGAAGUAGCUAAAAAUCUGUGUCCAACCUAAGUAUUACAGCAUACUUGUUGACACAGGUAUACUUUAAUGUACAAAUUUAAACACAGAAAAAAAACAAAUAAUCAGUUUAGUGGGACCCGAAAAGUAACCAAUUAUCAUAGUUCAUCGUCAAAUUGCUUAUUGUUUGUUUUGUGCUUUGAAAAGCGCGUGUGUGAACUGCUUUCGGCCUGUCACAGAUUCGUUAAAAUUAUCUUCCUCGGUGCCACUAAAAAAUAGGUCACCUAGAUUUUAGAUCUUCAACAAAAUGCUCUCAUCAUUUAAUAUUUGUUAUAUACACUUAGUAUCUUUUUUCAACCUUAUAUCUAUGAGUAUUAGAUGUCUUACCUCUUCAACCUGUAGAUGUUAUUUUUCCAUCGUUCCCCCCUCCAUCUAUAAAGUGUAUUUAUGUAAUGCCGCAUCCUAAAUCAUCCAACACCUUUUUCAUCUAUUUCUAACUAAAUGCCAAGCUGAAUAAUUGAGCUUACGUCGUUUUUCAAGUUCCGUCGGAUUAUUUUUAUCAUCUUUAAAACUAUAUAUAAAAAAAAUAAGAUUUUACAGACAAAACUUCAUUUAUUUUUCUACUUUAGACGUCCCACCAAAUGUAAUCACCCCAUACAUACGGUAAUAAAAUCAAGGUUUUGUGUUUACCUCA